UUAUAAAAAAAAGAAGAAAUUACUUUAGAACUAUCCCAUAUACUUGACAUUUGUACUAUUACCAAAGAGUAGAGACAUUUCUGUUUCAUUUGUGCGUUUAUGUUGGUACACGUGAAUUUUAUAUCCUAACCUAUUCCUAAUGUUUCGGUUUUCGGCUUUGUCUCACUUGGCGUAAGGAAACAUUGUGCAAAGAAAUGCGAAAGAAAUAUUCGUAAAAAAUGUUUUACAUAAUUGGCUUAGGUAUUGGCGAUGCUACGGACAUCACUGUAAAAGGUCUCGAGAUCGUUCGAACAUGCGAUCGUGUCUAUUUGGAGUCGUACACGUCGAUUCUUGCGGUUGGUCUCGAAGAAUUGGAGCGAUAUUAUGGACGUCCGAUUUUGUCGGCCGAUAGAGAAUCGGUCGAGAACAACGCGGAUGAAAUACUACCGAAAACCGAGGAAGAAAACGUUGCUUUUCUAGUGGUAGGUGAUCCAUUCGGUGCUACCACGCACUCGGAUUUGAUAUUACGUGCUCGAGAAAAAAACGUGAAGGUGAAAGUAAUUCACAAUUCUUCCAUUAUAACCGCGGUUGGUUGUUGCGGUUUACAGUUGUAUCGUUUCGGAGAAACUGUUUCCAUUCCAUAUUGGAGCGAAAAUUGGCGACCAAAUAGUUUCUACGAAAAAAUUUUAUCCAACAGACGUAGAGAUUUACAUACACUUUGCCUAUUGGAUAUCAAAGUGAAAGAACCUACCCUAGAAAGCAUCGCGAAGAAGAAGAAGGAAUAUGAGCCGUCACGAUUUAUGAGCGUUUCGGAAGCUGCUACUCAAUUGAUGGAGAUAUUGGAAGAAAGUAAUAAAGUCAAAGAGGAAGGAGACAUUGACAAAUCUAGCGCCGUCGUGGGUUUAGCUCGAGUAGGAUGGGACGAUCAACGCAUAUUAGUUUGUUCACUGGAGAAGAUGAGUUCUGCCGAUCUGGGGCCGCCACUUCAUUGCUUAGUCGUUCCCGCCCCAACAUUGCAUCCUCUCGAAUCGGAGUUUCUAACGAUGUACACGUUAGACGAAGAAUCGUUGGACGACUCAACACGACACGAAAUACCUUUGAAAUAAAGACGAAUGAUCAAGUUGUUAAAAAUAAAACUAUUUUUUAGUAAAAA